AAGAGUUAAUCCAGGGACUCUAACUUUUUAACAGUUAUCUUUUUGGUGCUCAGCAGUCUACAGACUUCAAAUUGAUACUAUUUUGGCCAAAGGAACUGUAAUGUGGGAAUAUGUUUGUAUGUGGGCAUCACUGAAAACCUUGGGUUAAAAUAAUCUUCCAAAGAGUGGCAUGCUCAAGCUUGUGUUCACCUGGAAGCCGCUCAAGGACCUGUGGGUGGUCCUCUGACCCCACUUUGGAAACCCUCCUGCCACAGCCUCCACCUCAUGUAACUUGAUGAAAAAGAGAAUCUCUCCUGUCGGUGCCUCUACCAGACGAGCUGAGCCCGGGUCGAGUUGGUUUUAAGGCUCGUUUGAUCGCUGGCUGCAUAUGCGGAGACCGAGCGGUGCGUGGAAAUCCUACAUAAAAAGAAACAAACCACAGGUGUGUCGGAUGAAAGAACAGUUUAUGUCACUGGACGUUUAAACGCGGGCCACUUGGAACCAAUUUGGCCCGCCAGAGCAGCUCUGUUAAUAAGUUUGUGAUGGAGUGGCGUGAGCAGUCCGCUGUCAGCUGCGACGAAGCCUACUUGGAGGCGCAGAGAUGGAUUGAGGCAGUAACCAAGAAAAAAUUUGGGAGCAAUGACUUCCGAUCAGCACUGGAGAAUGGCGUUCUGUUGUGUGAUCUGAUCAACAAGGUCAAGCCUGGUAUUAUCAAAAGGGUUAACAGGCUACCCACACCUAUUGCUGGACUGGACAACCUAAACGUCUUCCUCAAGGCUUGCGGGAAGCUUGGACUAAAGGAAGCACAGCUAUUUCACCCCGGAGAUCUUCAGGACUUAUCCACAAGAGUUACAGUCAAGCAUCAAGAGACCAACAGGAGGCUGAAAAAUGUUCUAAUCACCAUUUACUGGCUGGGUAGAAGAGCUCAGUGUGACCGUGUCUAUGAUGGGCCUUACCUGAAUUUUAAGGCAUUCGAGGGAUUAUUGGGCACAGCACUAUACAAGGCACUGCAGGAAUCAUCCAGUCAGAAAGGCAGCAACAUCAGAGACAGCGGUUUUGGAGAUAACUGGUACUCAGAGCGAGAGGAGCCCUACCAUCUGAGAGGAGAAGGAGAAGGCGGACACAGGAGAGACGACUCCCUGGACAGCUUGGACUCUUUGGGCUCUCUGUCCCACAGCAUCUCAUCUGACACCACACUUAAAGGCAGCAGCGAGGGUUGUUGCAGUGACACUGAGGCAGACUCUAUCUUCAGGAUGGCUGAGAACAAGGACUCUCUCAGUUACCGCAGAUCGGUUGUCAUCACACCGAAGACAAGCGCCCAGUUUAACCAGUUCCUGCCCACUAAAGACAAACCCUCAGGCUACGUGCCUGCUCCGCUAAGGAAGAAACGGGCCGAACGCAAUGAGGACAGCCGUCACAGCUGGGCCAACCCCGCAUACACAGAGGAUGAAGGCACACUGACUAGACAGCCGCAAACGCAAGAGAGUAUCGACGGGAGUAAAUCAACAAGCGAUAUCAAGGUCGACCCCAGCAUCAUCAGGCAGGUUCGCUACGAAGAGCUGCAGAAGUAUCGAGACCAGAUAAAGAACAGUGAGGAUAAGUGGCAGGAUGACCUGAACAAAUGGAAGAGCCGGCGCAAGAGUGUCAACUCUGACAUAGUGAAGAAGAAAGAGGAAAGGGAGAAGAUAGAGCAGAUCACGUAUAGCAGCAGAAGGUCGAAGUCCUUCAAGGAGAUGGAAGAGGAGAGAGAAAAUAAAGGGAAGAACAGCAUUGGUAGUCGUCUCGGAUCUCUCUCUUACCUGGAUGACAGCGAGGACGUAUUUGAGACACCUGUUAUUGCCCCACGUACCCGAACCCUUCCAACCAAGAGCUACACUAUUGACAUCCCUUACUCCUCCUCUGAACCUCCUGACUUGCCUCUGAAAGAGGACAAACCUCCCGCUGCUUCCCCAGCUACUGGCAGGGCCGCUUCCCCUCCCACCUCACAGGAAGCUGACAUUGUGGACUGUCCUGCAGGCAGCGACGCCUCAAGCACCAUCACUCCCGCCAUCACUCCCACCAGCCGCAGCAUUUUCCACAGAUCCCAGUCUCCAGUAGCUGUACCUUUACAGAAGAGUCCGGUCUUAGAACAUACGAGCACAGUCAAGACCGAGGAGACCACAAUUAUCUCCUCUUCUAGCUCCAUGCAAAAGGUGCCCGAGCCAAGGCGCCCAUUGUCGGGCACACAGACUGAGGUGGGGGCCCCCUCCUAUGGUUCUCUGUAUAAACAACAGGCACCGCUCAGCUCAAAGGAAUCCAAGCCUCCCGGGGUGUCUCUAGUUUCCACCUCCCUCCCCAGGAGCUACCAGAGAUCGGAUAGCGCACGGCUUACCUCAGUUGUCACGCCAAGGCCCUUCGGGACUCAGUCAUCCCGCUUGUCCUCACUUCCCCGACCCUUUACAAUGGACGACUCUAACAAGCGUGUCAACGGCAGUGUCGAUGCUUCUGUGAAGAUGUCUGUCCCAAGCCGCUAUCACCAGUUCAUGAACUCUGAGGACGAGACUCGGUCUCAUUCCAGCUCGGCCCGCAGCACUGAAGAUGAGGAGGAGCAAGAAGACGAGACCACAGCAAAGAGCAUCACUUCCACUCAGAGCGUCUCACCUGUCCCUCCCCAGGUCAAGAGUGAAGCCCCAGUCAGUUCUGAUCCAGCCAAAGAAACCAGCCAGGAGAACUACUGUGAGAUGCGGAUCAGCCUGAACCAGAAGCCCAACAGCAGCAGAGACUUUGGCUUCCAGGCGGCCUGGGACUCAACAGGAGCACACGUCACGUCCAUCCAGCCAGGCACCUCGGCAGAGAUGUGCCAGCUGCAGGUCGGAGACGAGGUGCUGACAGUGAACGGGCACCAGGUGGCAGAAAUGAGCUACACAGACUGGAAGUCCUGCAUGGAGGAGUCUCUACAAGAGGGCAGUCUGGUCAUGGAUAUACGCCGUCAUGGCAAGAACAACUGGGACAGAGAUCAUCCUUCCCUGCCAUUUAAAAGCCAUAAGACCAUCAAUCUGACCAGUAUGGAUCAUCCGAUGCUUCUAGGUUCCCCUGACACAAAGAUUGUCAACUCCAACCUGGAUUUCACCUCAGUCAUUUCCAGGGAAACACUGCCGUCCAAAGAGGCCCCUGCUCACCCAUCUAUCGAUGCGGCUUCAAACGGAGUUAAUGGAGGUUUCCGUGAGGAGUCGGUGACUAUGAGGAACAAAGAGUCAGAACCCAUAUCUAUGAAAAACUUAAAACGGAGGUCAGAGUUUUUUGAAAAAGGUGGCUCAGGGUCCAGUGUCAGUGCGCUGGUCUACCUAUGUGGAGGAUCAGAGUCUGCAAUGCCAGAUAUUCCUGUUCCUUCAAUCACUCCGUCUUCCAGCCGCUGGUCUUGGGACCCAGAAGAGGAGCGCAGAAGGCAAGAGAAAUGGCAGAAGGAGCAGGAGCGCCUCCUACAGGAGAAAUACAAGCGUGACCAGGAGAAACUGCAGGAGGAGUGGCUAAAGGCUCAGCAGGAUAUUGCCAAGAGCGUAGACCAACAAAAGCCUGAGAGCCUGCAUGUGAACAGCCACAGCGUCAGCCCACACUCGCCCCUCUCUCCCAUCAACCAGCCCACCUCUCCUCCGUGGGAAGAGGAAGAGAGAAAGACGAAGGAGGAGCAGGAGCGCGAGAGGCAGGCGGAGGAGAGGAGGAAGAGGGAAGAGGAGGGGCGGGAGCUGCAGCGUCUCCAGGAGGAAAGAAAGAGGAAAGAAAGGCAGGAGGAGGAGGAGAGGAAGAGUAGGGAGGAGGAAGAGCUGAGAUGGCAGAGGAGGAGGGAGGAGGAGAGGAAGGAGGAGAGGAGGCGGCAGGAAGCUGUAGAGCAGCAGCGCAGAGAGCGGGAGAGAGCCUUUGAGCAGCAGCAGCAGCAGCAGUGGGCUGGUGGCUCCCAUGGCUUUGCCAAUGACCAGCCUCCACUGUCCCUUGCCGACAGGACAAAAUCUAAAUCAUCUCCCCAGCUUGAUGAAGAGGAAAAACCUCAGUGGAAAGGUGUGCAUGUACAGCCGGGGGGCAUGGCUCACUGGCUGCUUGAUAAGCAGUUGAGGAGUGCGCAUGACAAACAGGCCCAGAGUCAGAGGGCUGCAUCAGAGCUGGAGACAGAGAGGAGAAACAUCCUCAAUGCCAUGAGAUACCGAGAGCCAGAGAGAGUGACGGGUGAGAAGAAGGGCCAGCCGUCAGGGCAGGCAGAGGCUGAGCGUCAGCAGAUCCUGAAUGAGAUGAAGAAGAAGACUUCGCUGCUGACGGAUAGCAGCUGGAUCCGCCAGCGCACCUCCAACACUGCUGCCACCAGCAAGGAGACCGAUGUGCCACCCAUGCGCAGAGGCGAGUCUCUUGACAACUUGGAUGCCUCCCACAACUCCUGGCGCACGUCAUGGACACCCAGAGGCAACUCUUAUGUCCAAAACUACUCUCGGCCUCACUCUGCCCUCUCCGGCAGCACUUCCUUUUACGGUGGCGGGCCGGGGGCCCAGCGGCCUGGCUCCUCCACUCUGCCUUCCUCCUACUCCAUGAGCUCCCUCCGAGGCGGGGCAGGAACCCCCUCGUCCCCUUGGUCCCGGCAGUCACCUUCCCCCUCACCCUCCUCUCUGUCACCCACCACCUCUCCUGAGCCCACAUCUGAAGCAGGCGCCCCUCAGCAGCGGAGCAGGUCAGUGAGUGGCAAGAAAAUCUGUACGUUCUGUGACACCCCGCUGGGAAAGGGAGCGGCCAUGAUCAUCGAGUCCCUUGGGCUCUGUUAUCAUUUGGGCUGUUUUAAGUGUAUCGACUGUAAGUCUGACCUCGGAGGAUCAGAAGCCGGGGCUGAAGUCAGAAUACGAAAUAAACAGCUCUACUGUAACUCCUGCUACAUGCGAUGCAAAACUGGCCAGCCAACCACUAUGUGACGUGACUGUACUCCAGCAGAUUGAUGAAGAGACUACUUGUGACAACAACCCAUGAACUUAAAAGUGAACAUUGAAGCCAUUUGCAAAUAGCUGGGACACUUGGUUUCCAUUUAUGACUCUAGAAAAUCUGUUUACUUGCUGAUGAGAGUUAUAUUUGUGUUUUUUAAGUGUGUGAUUGAGAGGUUAAGCUUGCAAAGAAGUUAUCUACUUUAAUGUGUUUAUAUCAUAUUAAGUAUUAAAGUUGUACAAAGUGUAAGGGUUCUGCAUGCACCAGAGUUUAUAAAUGUUUUAGCCACGAAACUAGUCACAACAUUAAAUGUCUAAGAUUAUUGAGGCAGAUCUUUGUAAUGACCUGCGCUAAGACAGAUUUAGAGAUAUUAAGAGUUUUCAAGGAACCCUGCAGGAUCAUCUAUUCUUGCUCAUGCUUCGUUUUCCGCUGAGUCUUGUGGUAUUAACACGUUUGUCAACCGAGCUAUUCUUAUCAUGUCUGUGCCUUUUCAUCUGUAAUAGGGAGAAAUAAUUAAGAAUAUUAGAAUUCUUUCAAAAUAUAUUUAAAACUGUCUGCUUGGAUAGCACUUGUCUGGAGUUUUACUGAUAGAUGGAGGAUUGUACACAUAAGCAGGUUUCCGUUUGAUGAAUAUAUCAUACGAAAUGGCAGUAAGGCAAACAGUAACAUUUGUAAAUAAAAUGACUAAAUGCUGAUCUUA